GGUGUUCAUGGCCCUUUCUCACGGACACUGUGCUGCUCUCUCAAGACCCUCCAGUCAUGAGGACUUUCAUCUUUCUCUCUGCUGUUCUCCUCUUUGUGGCCCCAGCCAAGAAUGAAUUUUUUGGUGAGAAAUGCAAGAAGCUUAAUGGGCAUUGCACACAUUCUUGUCAUAAAAAUGAAGAACUUGUUGCUCUCUGCCCGAAGUUCCUGAGUUGCUGCGUGCCUCACCAGCCAUGUGGGACCGAUAAUGAAGAUGACUAAUUUUGAAGAUGAGCUUCCCGGAGAAGCAUCAAUGACCUAGCUUCCUCUUUUUAUACUUUGAUAAAAAUAAAUGGCUGUCUUUGA